ACACAGCAAGAGGAAUGGAAACGUCUUUCUGAGAUGAAAGUGGACAGCCGGCUGCUGAUUCCUCUUCAAGCACGGAACCUAGAUAAUGCGACGCAUUUACUGCCACUGACAAUGACCAUGACCCUUCACACAAAAAGCUCCGGUGUUGCCUUAUUGCACCAAAUACAAGGCAAUGAAUUAGAGCCUCUUAGCAGACCACAGCUGAAGAUUCCUCUGGAACGACCGAUCAGCGAAAUGUAUGUGGACAGCAGCAAGACUGGGGGGUUUAACUACCCAGACGGUGCUGCCUACGAUUUUUCCACUGCCGCUCCAGUGUACAGUUCGACCAGCCUCAGUUAUGCCCCUACGAGUGAAUCGUUUGGCACCAGCAGCCUGGGAGGAUUUCAUUCCCUGAACAAUGUUCCCCCAAGCCCUGUUGUCUUUUUACAGUCGGCUCCACAACUUUCGCCUUUUAUUCAUCACCACAGCCAACAGGUACCUUAUUACCUUGAGAACGAAGCAAACAGUUUCGCCAUGAGAGAAGCUGCCCCAACAGCGUUCUACAGGCCUGGCUCGGAGACCAGACGUCACAAUGGCAGAGAGCGAAUGACUAGCACCAAUGAAAGGGGAAACCUGUCUAUGGAGUCUACCAAGGAGACCCGCUAUUGUGCUGUUUGCAACGAUUAUGCCUCUGGCUAUCAUUAUGGGGUUUGGUCCUGCGAGGGCUGCAAAGCCUUUUUUAAAAGGAGCAUACAAGGUCAUAAUGACUACAUGUGCCCUGCUACCAACCAGUGUACCAUUGACAAGAACAGAAGGAAAAGCUGCCAGGCUUGUAGGCUCCGAAAAUGCUAUGAAGUUGGAAUGAUGAAAGGUGGAAUUCGAAAAGAUCGCAGAGGUGGCCGAAUACUGAAGCACAAACGUCAAAGAGAAGAACAUGAUAGCCGAAACAUAGGCACAGUAGUAGAGGCAAGGAGCCCAAAUCUUUGGCCAAGUCCACUAAUGAUCAAACAUAGUAAAAAAAACAGUCCAGCCCUCUCCCUCUCUGCAGAUCAGAUGGUUUCUGCUUUGCUAGAGGCAGAACCUCCUAUUGUCUAUUCAGAAUAUGACCCUAACAGACCCUUCAAUGAAGCUUCAAUGAUGACGUUGUUGACCAACCUUGCUGAUCGAGAACUGGUUCAUAUGAUCAACUGGGCCAAAAGAGUUCCAGGCUUUGUGGACUUAACACUCCAUGAUCAAGUUCAUCUACUAGAAUGUGCCUGGUUAGAGAUAUUGAUGAUUGGCCUAGUGUGGAGAUCGGUGGAGCAUCCAGGAAAGCUGCUGUUUGCCCCCAACUUAUUGUUGGACAGGAAUCAAGGAAAGUGCGUUGAAGGCAUGGUAGAAAUAUUUGACAUGCUGCUGGCCACUUCUUCUCGCUUUCGAAUGAUGAAUGUCCAGGGGGAAGAAUUUGUAUGCCUUAAAUCUAUCAUCCUACUCAAUUCUGGCAUCUACACAUUUCUUUCUAGCAGCUUGAAAUCCCUGGAGGAAAAAGAACAUAUCCAUCGUGUUCUGGAUAAGAUUACUGACACUUUGAUGCAUUUAAUGGCCAAAUCCGGUCUUUCCCAACAGCAGCAACAUAGGCGCUUGGCUCAGCUCCUCCUCAUCCUUUCCCACAUCAGGCACAUGAGCAAUAAAGGGAUGGAGCACCUCUAUAACAUGAAGUGCAAGAAUGUGGUCCCACUUUACGAUUUAUUGCUGGAGAUGCUGGAUGCCCGUCUGCAUGCUCCUGCAGCUAAGCCCCACAAUGAAGAGGAGAUUUCAAACCAGCUGGCCGUGGCACCUGCUUCAAUGCAUUCCUUACCUCCUUGCUAUGUGAACAAACAGGAAGAUGAACCUAUGCCAGAAGCAGUCUGAAUUUAGAUUACCAACAGCCUACAGGAUUCUGAGCAUCCCAUCAAAAAACGCCAGGCUUAGAUGAACUGCUACCAUAUCCUAAGCACUCCAAUACUCAACGAUUACCAGUGAUUCCCAAAACAAUGAUGGUCAACUUCAUUAAUGGCAGAACAUUCAUAAUUUUGGACAUAAUAGGUGGUUUUAUAUAUAUAAAAAAGUGUGUUUGUGUUAGUAAAACACAAGCCUGAGGAUUCCUGUACUCUGUUUGCUGGUAUCAUAUAGAGAAAUUGGAUGAUCUUUCAUUUUUAAAUCAAUUGGGCAAAAAUCCCAGCUGAGUUGAGUAGAUGAUGUUUACAUGUAACGUUUAUUGGCUGUUUGGUGGAUACAAGAAAAGUAUACCACCCAGAGACAGUAUACAAAGCAAUGGUGGUUAAGGACUAAGAUUCGGUUAGACUCCCAUUUAAAAAAAAAAAAAUAAGAGAAAAGAGAAGGGAAAAUAUGGAUUUAAUAUUUCCCUGUUGGGAUUCAUUCCUUUCAGUGACAUAUAUACAAUUUUCAAAUAGAUUCAUCUAUCCUCUCAAACUUCGAAGGAUGCUCCAGUUUAUUUCAGCAAGAAAAGCCCCUCAGUUAACUUGUUAAGAUAACUGUGAGAUGCUAAAUUCUUGGGGUAUCCCCAAGGGGGAUGGCUUAGCCCUACAGUUUACCAUAGUAAAGAUAAGCAGGUGGACUGAAAAUUCAUAUCAUUAUUUUUAAAAAGUGGCAUAAUUCAAUUCAUUGGCCUGCUAAAUUCACAAUGAGGGGUCCAAACGUAACAGAUGUCUCCCCAUAUCAAUCUGAGGGUGAAUUUCUGUGCUGACCAUUACAAAAGCUAAUAAACCAUAGCCCAAUUAAAAUAUGAAAUUGUAUCAAUUAAUUGUGAAUCGCCUCAGGACCUCUGGCUGAAAAUAUAAUUGAUCAGUUUAUACAUAGUACACCAUCUACUUCAUACCUUAACUGACAGAUCACAUAAGAACUGUGAAAACCCAACUGAUCAUGUGAAAAAUUACGUCCAUGCUGCCAACUGCCAGGAAUGGAAUGGUCUGUCCAUUCUACUCGCUCGCUUUCCACUGGAGGUAACUUUGUGGGAGAGCUGCACCUGCACAUAUCUAGGCGGUAUCUGAAAAUAACUUUCAGAAAAUCCCAGGUCUGUUCAAUCCAAUCAGCGCUCCAUAGUAGGAAAGUCAUCUGUCUCCUUGAGCAAGGUCCUGGAUUUGCAUGUGAUGCUCCCCAAUAUCAGCCAAAGCAACAAAGUCCCAAAGGUGCUUUUUCAAGAGGAAACUGGACUUUCCGGGUUUUUCUUUGAAGACAUUUUGCUUCUCCUUCCAUUCCCCACCAUCCAGACAAGAGCUGAAGAAGCUUCUUGGAUGAGAAGCAAAAUGUCUUCAAAGAAAAACCAGAAAGUCCAGUUGCCUCUUGAAAAAAAGCACCUUUGGGACAACCAUGAUUUGGAUGACUGAGAAUCUCUAUACACAAAACAACAGAGCUUUAUGUUGAGUCACAACUGGUGGCGAGAGAACAAUGAAGAAAGGACAAGAAAGUUUUGCACUGCAGCUGAGAUCACAACCUGUCCUUUGGAUCCUGCACAUAUUGACCCCUUCCGAAGCGAAGCGCACACAUCCAGGGCAGGGCAGGUCAAAAUCUACAAAUGAUCGACAGCAACCACUUUUGUUAAAACGUAUUCCCUUCCCAAAUAUAUGCCUAAAUGUUAUGGAUCUCCUCUUGUUUUUAUAGUGCUCUUGCCAAUACUUCUAGCCUGAGCGUCGUUGCUAAUGGCCUUGCUUUUUAUUAAUAGCAUAAAGUACCUAUUUUCAAAACAUAAAAAGAACAAAAAUCAAUGGUCCUGCUUUGACAUUUGAUAUGAAGUGCCUUGCCAAAAAUGGGUACACUUGUAUCCUUUGAAAUAAGACAAAAUGCCCAAAAUGUAUAUAUGCUGUAUAUACAAUAUAUUACAUUGUUCAUAUUAUAUUGUAAUAUAUUGCAUGAUAUAUUAAUAACAAAAAGGGUUCUUGUAAGGCCAUAAUCAAAGAAUGCAAAUUUUACCGUAGUCAUUUAUACCCAGCUGUUUACUGCAAAUCUAGAUAUUUUUAACUGGGAGUUUAGCCCCACAGAAGCAGUUGGACAUACUUCUGAAUAGACAAGCAUAGGAUCAGGCUACAGUAAUAUAAUUCAAUAUUUCUAUUUUUAUAAGGGAAAACACUUUUGCUAUUUUUCUACUGGUUCUUUAAGGGUAGAAAGAUUUAAUUGUAUGUGUUGCUUUGGUCGGUUCCCCCCCCCCUUCACUUCUGCUGGAUUGGAAAUUCCAUCUAAGACCUAAAAAGAAGGCUUGGAAGCUUUCCUCCCCAUCCGAGUGAAUGGUGAACAUUUCAAGUACAGGACCUCAGUAGGUCCUUUGUAUGCCAAUUGGGUAGAUUUCUGAGUAGAUAUACGUAACUGUAACUCAGUUUCUGUCUAUCCUCAUACAGUGCAAAAGAUUAAAAUUGGUCUCAGUCUAUUUAAGUAAUGUACACUACAUCCAUUUUUCUAACAAAAACCAUGAUUUUGCCUUGACAAAUUAACAGGCAAAAGGGAUGCAAAUAAGGAAGCCGGAAAUGGCAAGGAAUGGAACUAGGCCCUUAGCACGGGAAGGUGAGAUGUGUUUAGUUUUAAUGCCAGCAUACCUGGGACAGGUCCGGCUUGGGAAUUGAAAUCGCUUUUUGUUAAAUGUGUGAAACUUAAGAAAAAUAUCUAGUUGUCAUUAUUGUUAGUUUGCUGGAAGCGUUGUAUUACCCUUAUUGCUAUUGUUUGUUGAAAGCACCUUACUGAAUGCAGUGUGUGUGUUUCUGUGCAUUUAAUACACACAUGCAAAGCUCACCUAUCAGACAACUGAAUGUAGCUCUUCUAUAUAACCAGACGACAGGUUAAAAUACAACAAAACCACAGGAAAAUAAAUUCCUUUUCAGUUAUCUUCUCUCAUAUGCAAUCAGGUGUGCCUAAGGCUUAGCGAUUGUUAAAAAUCAUUACUGCAUGUCAAUCAAAUGUUAUAUUCCUGAGGGACGAGACAGGUCUAGGAGUAAACACACAAAAAAAACCUUGUCCUUCAACAAAGGACUUUCAUGGAAGCUAAUUCUGUUUUUUCUCCACAUCCAAAGGACAUUUCCUCAAAUGGGUUCCUAAUAGUAGGCAAAUAUGAGUUUGUAACCCACCUUGCUGUCUGGGGAAUUCUGGGAGUUGAAGUCCACAAGUCUUAAAGUUGCCGAAGUUGGACACCUCUGAUUUAGAGGCUCAAAGAAGAAAAGAGGGAGCUGUAAAUUUUUAUUCGGGCUUUUAUAAGGGCGAUUUUUCUGUGUGCAAAACCUUUCUUUAAAUUUGAGUGUCAUUGUGGAUUCUAGUUCAGGCUGAUUUCCUGCCAACCAUCUCCACUGCCUCCAGCCCUCCUCUUGAGGCAGUGCAGGAUGUACUUAGCCCCUCUGGUCAAGUUCCCAUUACUCACAACCCAAUCUAUAAAAAGAUUAAUCACUGAUUCCUGGGUGAAGAGGCUUAGUUGUUAUGAAUUAUGCCCUUCAGUGAAAUGGCAACAGCCAUUCUGCUUUUUCAGCCACAUAUAAAUCUGUAAUUUUGGAGACUAUUGAGAAUUCUUCACCAUGAAGGAAUCUCAGUGAGAGGCAAAUAGGGAGAGAACACAAAUUAACAGCUGCAAUCCCAUGGCUGUAGAAAGCACAGGAUUCUCUCUGCUCUUUAAGCCCUUGAGACAAGAUUGCCCUCUGUUUUGUGCAAUUAAGGCAGUCCCUCCCACGAUUGUCCUCUUAGGCUCCGGCUAAGAAACAUUCACCUUUUGUGAUGUUUUGAUAGUCAGAUGGACACAGAUUAAGUUCCAAAGCAGCUCUGGAACAAGAGUACAAAUAUAAGAUUACCAGUUGUCUGGCAAAAGGAGGGCAUGUCUUCAGGUUCUCUGCCUGGCAGGCACAGCCUUAAAAAGCAAAUAUCGUUGGCUUUUUGAGUAUCUACAAACUAUCACUUCCUGAGUAGCUUUUCUCUGGAGUGCAGCACUCCCCUAAUGAGUGCUAACAACAAGUUAACAAGCUCCACACUGUGACCUUGAUUAAUACCCUCCUGCUGGCUCGGCUGCUAUCUGAAACUGACAAGACCUUAAUCAGUUACAUGCCUCUAGCACAUUCUGCAAUUGGAAAAUUAGUCUUUCUGAUGUUGAAAAAAUAUUUUGAUAUACUUGUAUAUGCAGGCUUAAGCUUUGGGGCUUUUCCCCCCCUGUAAUUUUUGUCACAGAUGCCAUGUCCUUUCCCUUAUUUGUCCUCAUUCAGCUUUCUGAUAACCCUAUACAACAAAGCCUCUGCUUCUCUGUGAAAAAAAUGGCAAUCAUUGUGAGGGUUCAUUGCGAGACCCAGUUUCUAAAAUCAAUCACGUUGCUAUGAUUUCAGAAGGUGGACACCACCAAAUUGCCAAUCAGCUAGGUCUUUAUCGUAUAUAUCACAGCCUUAUUAAUCAUCCUGAAUUGAAAUGUGCAUUCCUAUUUACAUCAAACAAUGCAUCCAUCUGGUUUAAAAGGCACCUCAAUAAGCAUUGCAAUGUCUUCAUUCACACAGUGGUCCUGUGCCCAACUCUUGCUGGAUAUUGGUGCUAGUGUUUGCCAUAUGUUUUGGUGUGAACCUGAGCCUUCAUUUUAUACACAUGUUCUUAAUGCUAUUGCUUUUAACACCUAAGCUAGAAGCCAACCGUUCGACCAGCGGACUUUUGGAUCUUAAGCUAUAUUUUUUGCAGAAUCAGUCAAAUGAAUCAAUUGUUCUGCCUUGCAAGCUCGCUCUUCUGAAAGCUCUUUUCAAAUGCACUAUGGCUUUGUAAUGUGAUCCUUCAGAUCUGAAGUGAGCACUAGUCAAGAUCUGAACUUCUUGCAAUGCUUUUAAGCUAUCAGCCUAACAUUGUUGAAGUAUAAUUGUCAUAUACAGUAAACCUUGGAGGUACCAAAAAUACUUUUAAUGCUCAAAAACCUUUUUCCUGUCAUUGGUGCAUUCUCUCAUUUUAAUUCAAUUCUGGAUGUAUUUCGGUCUUGAAUGAUGUUUUGUAAACAAUUGUUGCCUUUUAAGGGACUUUACAGUUUUGCACUGUCCUGGAAAGAUUUUUGUAAUGAACCUAUUUGUUUUGCAUUCAAAUGUGCCUGAAUUUAUAUGCUGCCAUGCUGCCAAUCUGUCUUUAGUAGGAAUGUUAUUCUGCAAUGCACCUUUUAAAACAAAGCCGUUUGCUCCUCAAUCUUGAGGUGCCCGCUGGAUUAUGAUAAACAUUAAUAGUCAAAAGAUGCUAGUUAGAAAAUAAACCCAAACAGGCUACUUUAUGCCACAUUAUUGUACUUUUUUUUUUAAUGAAGCUUUGUGCACUACAUUACCUUUUCAUUGUAAAGUUUUCCCUUUAUUAUGAGGCUUGUGUGCCAUAAUGUAUUUGUUGAAUUAUUCUGCUCUUUUGCUAAAGCACAUAAUAGCAUAAUUGGUGUAUUUGUUUUGUUAGAAUUGCUUUGUUAAAUGAAAAAAAAAAAGAAGGUUUAAUCCUUUUUUUUGUUUCUUUUUUUUUUUUUUGCACAUUUGAAAGAAUGUUAAAAACAGCUUUUUAAAAAAAUCAGCAGGAUACUUGAUCUGUCAAAAUUUUCUCAGCUUUGAUGUUGAAAUAAAAAAGUGAAUUAUACCAUUGGAA